AUGUUGUCUCCAUUUUCUCCUUAUUCCGCGAAAUGCUUCUACAAUUGCGGUACAUCCGGUGCUUCAAAAGAUCAAACUCAAAAAACUCAAAAUUGUUCUCCUAAAUUUAACUUGAUCAAAAAUCCAAAAACUCCAACGAUUCCUACUUUCUUUCCUUCUAGAAGUCUCUUCAAUUUAAUCGUAAAACCUCAAAUUCCAAAACCUUCAAAAAAUGAAUAUGGUGAAAAAGUUUAUUAUAAAAAAGAAAAUGUACAUGUCGCCAGAAUUAUUAGAGGAAUUUAUAUUGAAGGAGGGCAUAAAGAACGUGAAAUUAAUAGAGAAAUUGGAUCUAAUGAUAAAAGGAUAGGCCAAAAACUUGAUGACCGUCCAACAAUGGAAGAAGCUUUUAAGGUUCUUAAAAUUUUAGAAUCUGAUUUUAAGAAUGAUAGAGAUAUUAAGAUAGUGACUAAAACUUCUUCCUUCACUAAUGAUUUUGAUAUGAAAUUUGAGAAAAGAGUGAUUGAAACUUCUUCUUUAACUGACGAUUUGAAUAUAUUUGAACUUGAAUCAAACGAUGAUUCUACUAUUUUUAUCCCUGAUUUUACCACGAAUUCAUUGAACCAUGAAAAAUAUUCUGAACCAAAAUUUAAUGAUAUGACUUCUUCUCGUGCUUCAUCUAUUUGUUCCGUAUCGACUAUAUCUUUAUUACAAGAUCACAUUUUUUCUGCUGCCACUUCUACACAAAAGACAUGUACAGGACCUGAAACAACGACUUCUGUUGAAUCUAUUAUUGAAUCACCAACUAAAUUAUUACAUAAACUUUCGCCAUUAAAUAAAAUCCCCUCUUCAACCUUGGAUAAUGCUAUCUCAUUUCACAAUAAAAGAAAAUACCAAAAAGUAUUUAGCUUUUUAAAGACGUAUUCUAAACGUGACAAUAAUCUUAUCGCAAACUAUUGGAUUGGAUUAUACUAUUACAAAGGUUUUGAUGGUGUAAAACAAAACUAUAAAAAUAGUGUAAAAUAUUUAUCAGAAGCUGCUGAACAAGGACAUUCAGAUGCUCAAUUUUUAUACGCUAAAUUAUUAUUUUCAGGAUAUUCUUUUAAACGUCAUAAAGAUAAUCGAAUGAAUAUUGGUGCAGAAAUGUUAAAAAAAUCUGUGGAUGCUAGAAAUCUUGAAGCAAUGAUUUAUUAUGGAAAACUUCAAAUAAAAGGAGGAUACACAAUAAAGAAAAAUAUUGAUGCUGGUAGAGAAUUAAUUAACAAAGUCAAUGAAAUUAAAAUUUCAACUUGCGGUGUCUUAUGUCUCAAAGAACUUACUACUCUUACAUCACAAUCUUAUGUCGAAAUUCCGUUACGUACUACCCAAGAAUUAGUUAGUGAACUUAAAAUGGCAGGAUUCGUAGACUUAGAAAUCCAAGGAGCAGAAAAAGUUGAAAUGGCUGAAUUGGAAAAGAUUAUUGAACAUGCUUUGAGUAAUCAUGGUAUUAAUGAUCAAACUAGACGACAGGAACUAGUUCAAGCACUUAAUGGUCAGUUAAAUGUGAUCAAGAUAAUUGCAAAAAAACCUACUUAUGAAGUAGGCGCAACUUUUGCGUUGCCUUUUGCCAAUAAGGCUUCUAAAGGUGAUAAUGUCAUAGCAAACAAAACGGCUAUAUGGACACUUACUGGUGACGAUGAUGAAUUAGAAAAUGAAGACGAGUUAUUGGAAGAAGAAGAUAUGAUCAAGCCUGACAAAAGCACAUUGAUUAGACCUGAUUGUGAAACUAGUGGAAAACGAAAAGCUUGCAAAAGUUGUUCAUGUGGUCUUGCAGAAGAACUGGAAAAAGAGAAGGAACUUGCAGCACAACAAACUCAACAAUUCAAAUCAUCUUGUGGAAGUUGCUACCUUGGUGAUGCUUUUCGUUGUUCGACCUGCCCAUAUAUUGGAAUGCCUGCAUUUGCACCUGGGGAAAAAGUUGUAUUAACUGGAAAUAUGAUGCAGGACGAUAUAUAA